AUGAGUGAGACAAUAAAGUACAUCACAGAAAAGUUAACUAGCGCUCCAUUUAACCGAAACUUCAAUUUUAUAACAUUUGAUGGAUUAGAACCAAGUCUUCUCUUGCAGAUAGUCAGCGAUGUUUUAGGAGAACUCGACUCUAAGGUACUUGAAACUUAUUAUUCCUUAUUAUUUGUUAGCAUAAGAUAGACAUUCGUGAGGAGGCACCCGACCAAACGGCAAUGCGAAUGCUAGAGGUCUUACAGAUGCUAAGAUAUAAAGUGCCGACUGAUGCAGAUGCACUGUACACAAUGAAUUUAUUUUCCCUAAUCUUAGGGCAAAAUUUUGCGAGGGAUUGCUUACGGGUGACAAAUUUUUGAUCUACCCCAUUCUUGAAUGGCUCCUUAAAAACUUUGAAGAGAACAAGAAGCGCGCAUAUCUUGCAAGAUUCCUGGCGAAAGUUCAGGUUCCUGCCGAAUUUUUGCAGGAUGCCGAAAUCGCAAAGCUCUACUCCGAGGUAAAUAUUUGUCUAUUGAGGAGAAAGUCUACAAAAUGCUUAUUUAUUAAGCAACUAUUUGACUUCAAAUGUAUGACAGGCAUUGUUAGAUACUGCAGGCGAAAUUCUUAGGUGACUGUACGAGAGUUAUAUUCCGAUCUUACUCAAAGUUGUGCAGUUUUUUCGCCGUCAUUUUCGUUAAGCACACUAUCCUAUUUUAAGGAAUAACGUAUGUGAAAUCAGAACAAUUUUAAAUUUAAGCUGGCUUUGUGCUGCAUAAAACGAAUCUUGAGACGUAUUGUGUCCCUGCGUACACGCGUGUAACGUUCGGCUUUAUGUCCUUUGUCGUCGAAAUUUCUGGACUUUAAAGCCAUAGCCCAGCUAACGAUAUUCCAAAUUUUUUGACGAUAUACGAAAACAAUAACAAUAAAACCCGGUUUUUAAUAGAACUCUCUUCUUCCUGGCUGCUGGAUUGUAUGGACAGUCGUAGCGCAUAUUCCUAAAGUUUUAAGUUGUAAAUUGGUCAUAAGCGGGCACGGACCAUCCUGAUCCCGUCUAAUUCCGGAAAAGUAAACUUUGGACAAUUUUCUUCUUUUUGCAGUACCUGCCUCUCAUAUCAUGGGUUCCAUUUAGCAAGCGCAAUUACGCUUAUACCAAGCAAAACAGGCAGUUACUUGCACAUUCAGGACAGCCAUGAUCCAAAAUUUGUGAAUUUUUUUAAAAAACCACGAAAGGAUUCACAUCUAGGGCCCUGGAGACCUUGAUAUAUCCUGUAUUUGCGAGGAAACCUAAAGCAAGAAACGCGAUAUUAGUCGCUUUCAUAUAGUGCAAGAGUCUUCAGUUCAUUAUGAUGUUUGACUCGUCGCUCCUUUAAAAAUUGAAUUUAACCGUUUCCUCUUUUGACUCAUACUAGGAAACACCUAGUGUGGACGGGUACGCAGUAAUCAAAUGUGGGCUAUGAGCAGCUUAACACACAGGGCAUAUUCACAAACGAAAAAGGGGUAUUAUAAGAAGCAACAUAAAUUGUUUCCGAGGUGAAACAGAGUGCCAAAAAUUCAGGCUAUGCCGGUGACUUUCAGUCCUUUGAGAAAUAAAAAUUCUACAGUAUGCUCCGUGAAGCAAUGGGAAGUAGUAGUUUUUCUAUCAUAUUUGACAGUCGAUCUUAGAUUGGAAGCCGCCAGUGAAAAAGUUUAUAUACCGUGCAUGUCCGUCACUUUUACACAAUAUGCUCGCUAGAUCAUAAAACAUGAACCAACCACAUUUUUAUUUGGCAACCACAGCAGCUUUUAUUUAGUAAGAAAGUUCUUUCUAAUCGGAUUCCGCUGUAUCAGUGUUGUUUCUGGGAGAUUGCUGUUUUUAAAAUUUAGAAACCGUUAAAUCAUUAUUUAUGAAAAACACUACUAGUGCCAUAUAUAUUAUCACCUCUUGGU